CUGCUCUGGUCGCGGCCAGCGUCGGUUCAGUGUCGUGACAGCAGUCCUACCGGGUGGAGGCUAUCACCAACCGUAGCUUGCAAGCCGCCGUGCCAUCCGUGCGUGCUCGAAAACCGUUACAAGACCUACGCGCUCGAAUUCCGAAUGAUCGAAGGAAUUCCGUAACCGUACCGAGGAUACCGUAGUUCGGUGGGGUUUAAUUUGCGUUGAUUAAAGCGAUUCGGAGGUUCGUCUUUCGAUCACGUUUCGAAUUAGCAACUGCCGUUCGGCGGAUCAAUCAUGUGCGUGAAAGAAGUAAAAUUUUCAACAACGGGUGAAAACUGUGUUCUGCUCUAUGCGGUCGGGUACAUUCGAGAGUGUGUGCAUUGUGCUUGUUGCUACGAUUGCUGCGUUUGAGCAUUGUACGCCUGUGUUUUGCAAAACUAAUAGCCAUCCAAAACGGUCAGGACCACACGUUGGAUGUAGUCGUCAUUGGUACGGAUGUUUGUGCGUUUCUAUGUGUGUGCGUGUGUGAGUGUAUGUGUACGGGUCCUCGCGCCAUGUCAACCAGUGCACUUGCAGUACAUAAUGGCAUUGUCCUUGAUAAUUACGUGUGUGGCGACACUGAAUUACAGUAGACAGAUGAGAGCUGUUUGCUUGUCCAGUAGCGAGUUGUUGAGUUUUUGCUAAGUGCAUUAAAUACAAACAACGUGUCGGUUCGAUUAUCGAAACACACGAACACACACACAUUUUAAGAAGUUUGAGAGCGCGGCAUCACAUCAGGACAUCAGUGGGCGAGUAAUUUUUGCCUGACGGAUGCCCAAGAAGCAUAAUGACAUAUGGACGCAUCGAUCAGUAGCCGCAUAUCAAGAAAGCAGGAGCGUGGAUGGGUCAUCUCUCAUCAUCGUGGUGAUUUUUUUCUUUCUCUCGUCUCCAUCCGACACUAAACAAAGCUACUCUCCACGCUAGCGAAGCGCUAGCUUGAUCGGGUUACACACUGCGUCAUUGCAUGACUAAUACGAAUGGGUUGGAUUCUGCACAAGGGCGGCCGGGUUUAAUGUCACGCCUGUCAAGGCUUAUCACAAAGCGUACAUUCCUUUGCAGUUUAGAUUGACUUGCAGAACAUUCUUCUCCACUACUACCCCGGCAAGUCUCUGGAGGUUUACCUAACGUUUCCCGAGCCCGAGAGCAGCAUUUCAUUGUCGAAUGAAUUGUGCAUACGCGACAAGUUUGUCUGACCAGUAGAGCAGGCACCGUAUUCAUAGUUUGUACACGCUACACUACACUUACAUUGUUGAGUGGCACAACUCCAGCCAACUCCAGCAUAUCGCAAGCGCAGCCUGUGAUACGGCCUGUGAUUUUAGCGAUGGGCUCGUAUCGGCGUGGUCCUUGGCACAAAAGUUGGCACCAUCGUUCGAGCAUGUACUGUGCCGCUUCGUGGACGUUCUGGACCAAGCUGAUGCUGAUUCACGUAAGCUACAUAUCGAUCGGGGCGGUACGAAACGGGGACUGGGCUACGAUGAACAGCAACGAGUGGCGCCCACCAGAACCGAACCCAUGGUCACCGUUGGACGGACCCGCUGACAGCCCGGUGACAUUGUUGACAAGUUCGCUAGAUCAUGCCGCUCAAAUCGGCAGCUCAUCCACAUCGCAUCCGUUGAGGUUGGACCAGGAAGGGUACGAGGCGAACGGUGCGUCGGUAGCGGAUGUCAUACAUUCGACGGUCGACUUACCCUCAAGCGUAACAAGUUUCUACCACUCCCGGGCAAACGCGCCCCAACCGCUGCCAACGGCGGAAAAACAUUUCCUGUUCCGGCGUGAUUUGAGCAAAGCGCGUCAUACAUUAGCGGCGGCUCGGGCGUGGCCAGACAAUGGAACCGGUGCCAUUUGCCAAGAUCCUGGAUCGAUGGACGGAAAUUGCACCACGAACCGGGACCGGCCACCACCGCCAACACUAAUGACUGCCGCAAGCACUAACGGCACCCUGGCCGAGGACCUCUCGUCCGUCCUCCAAUUUCCACCGAACCGUACCGCGAACGAGUCCGCGUUCGGGAUGCUGAAGGAGCUGGAAUUAGCCACACUCCAGUCGCCGCUGGAGGACAACCACACCGCCCACAGCAACUCCGCCGUCAACCUGAACGACCACAAUGACGCCCUGUGCGAUGACGAUUCCGAUCAGCUGGAGUACAACGAGAACUGUUUCAUCGAUCACAACGUUACUUGCGUGGGCGAUCCGGACUUUUGCAAUCUCACCUACAGCGAGUACCGACAGCUGCUGAUGGAUUACAUCUACCCUUCGACGGGCGAGUGGAUUCUCAUUGCCUCGCACACCGUUGUCUUUCUGAUGGGGCUGGUCGGCAAUGCACUGGUAUGCAUAGCGGUGUACACCAACCAUACGAUGCGCACCGUGACAAACAUCUUCAUCGUCAACCUGGCCGUGGCCGACUUCUUCGUGAUUCUGUUCUGUCUGCCACCGACCGUCGUAUGGGAUGUGACCGAAACCUGGUUCAUGGGGAAGGCCAUGUGCAAGGUGGUAAUCUACUUUCAGACCGUUUCGGUGACAGUUUCGGUACUGACGCUGACAUUCAUUUCGAUCGAUCGAUGGUAUGCGAUAUGCUUUCCCCUGCGCUACAAACCGAGACCCGAACGUGCCUGGCGCUCGAUUGCCCUCAUUUGGCUCAUUGGCUUCCUGUCGGACCUGCCCGAGUUCCUGGUACUGACGACGAGACGCAAGAAGUUACGGUUUGACAUCAAACUUUUCACCCAGUGUGUCGCAACGUGGGACAACGAGACGGAAAAAACUUUCUACAUCUUCAAGUUUGUGCUGCUCUACACGCUACCGCUGCUCUUCAUGACCGUAGCCUACUUCCAAAUAGUUCGCGUACUGUGGCGCUCGGACACUAUCCCCGGCCAUCGGGAAUCCCGCAACCAGCCGUGUGGCAGCCGCACAGUUCACAGCACCAGGACGACACUGAAUUGUGUGGGGAACACAAGCACCAUGGGCCAGCUGCGGGCACGGCGGAAAGCGGCCAAAAUGUUAGUAGCGGUGGUGAUCAUGUUCGCCGGUUGCUAUUUUCCAGUGCACAUGCUGAACGUCGCAAGGUAUACCGUCGACAUUGGGCAGAGUGAUAUCGUGGCUGUGCUAUCUCUAUUUUCCCACUGGCUCUGCUACGCAAACAGUGCCGUGAACCCUGUGAUCUACAACUUCAUGAGCGGCAAAUUCCGACGUGAGUUUAAAAAUGCACUGGAAAAAUGUCGCUGCCUGCGAAGCUCCCAUGCCUACGGUGGCCGCGUCGGAGGCUAUGAUGAUCGGUCGCUGUGCCACACGGCGACCCGCUUGAACGUGAGCCCCAGCACCAGAAGCAAUUAUCAUUUGGCCAGUGUAAGAGAUGCCAGGUUUAAGCAACACACCCAGCAGACGUCAUUCAACGGAAGCCGACAUCAGCAUGGUCGCAACAGCAUCAAUCAUCCGGGCAGUCUUCAGCCACAAAUCUCGCCCAUCUCGGUCGAGGAACGGUUGGCGCUCACCAAAAGCUUGGACGGCUGCGAAACCCUUCAGCUGACAAAUCGGAAAAAUUCCUCCACCCUCGCCGGAACUAAUGGCAGCGGCCUAGGGCAAGGCAAAACCACCAACAGUGGGAACGGCGUAGGGAAUGGGAAUGGCCAACCAUUGCUGCAACACAGCCACAAUCAUCAUCAUUCUCAUCAGCAGCAGCAACAGCAGCAGCAGCACUGCAAACAGCAUGGCGAACAAAUGCUCGCCGAUGGUGGUGGCUUAGUGGCCAAUGAAGAUAGUGCCGGUCGCCAGGACCAAUCUGUCACCGCUCCACCGACCAUGCUAAUGAUAGUAAAUAAAUCGAGCCAUUGUAAAAUCGGUGGCACAUGACAGGCAAAACUGCACGUCUCGUGGCGAAAGCCGCGUCCGGACAAGAAACCCUGGACGCAAGUGCACUAGAGAAGGAACACUUACUCUAUCCUAUCAAGAACGAUUCCUCUUGAAGCACGAUCAUCUGACCGUGUACCGGACAACACUUAACCGUUCGUGCAAAGCAACGAAGCGCCACGAAUCUAGAUAGUAUUCCAAAGAUAGGAGAAGCUUAUGUGGAGUGAAGUUAAUGUAAAUUGAGUUUGAUAUCUUAUGAAAGGGGGCGCUCGAUGGAUGUGCCGCCGAUCCUUCCCAAAAUGCAUGUAUACUGCAUGUACUACUGUACGUCAACUAUUAGCAACGAACGAACGAACGAACGAAAUCGGUGGCUGCGUUAGCCAGAAACCACCCCACCACCACCAUCAAAUUCCAUAACCACCAAUUAUUAACUACUUGUUGGAGUAUCAUCCUGUGGGUCAGAGCUUUUGCGUCAUGGUAACUACCCGUGCGGGUGAGCUGCGGACGAGUUGUGCAAAAAUUAAUGCAAUAACUGGCAUCAAAAUAAUACCUACUAACAAACAAAGAUCCGUUUCGUUGCUAGCUAUGCGAUCCUUUUCCACUGGAUGAUAAUCUGACAACAUAGUUGUAGCUUCGAUACACGCACCACAAUCGAUACGUGCGAGCACGCCGUACUUCCAAAUCGAUUGUGAUGCUGUUCGACCAACGAUUUGUGUAUUGUGAGCGCUGGGCAAAAACCGGUACAAGCGAAUCGCCUCGCUCGAUAGGACCUUCGAUAGGAGCUGUGCAGUUUGUUUCUGAUGGGCAACGGGAUAAACUGUGCGGCUCGUAUCGCUUCGAAAUCAUAUUGCAAGCAAGGUGCACCCUUUUAUUCCACUGAAACGUUUAAGAUAUAGUAUGUAAAAAGAAAUCACCCGAACUAUCGAACUCUUGUACAUAUUGUUAUAGUUAAAUAUAUUCGUGUAACGAUACUUUCUGUAAAAACGAAGAUGCUCUAACUGUAUGCAAACAAGUCAAUAAAAAUUUGCUACCCGUGGAAUGUGCCGCGAACGGAUGCAAUCUGGUUCUGACUUUCACACGAUACCGAAGGAUGUACCGUAAUAUACCGAUUUUUCAUCAACCAA